UCAUAUGCAUUUAUCUCCACUCUGAUGAGGGCUCAGACGUGAUAUCACCCCUGGUUCCCUAUCCCUGUAGGAGCUGGUGUGAGUGCUACAUGCUGCCUCCCCUCCAUUAGCCACAGCUAUUGGAUUUCCCACCCAGAAUCGUUAGGUAAAUGAGAUCAUGAUUCUGGAAGGAAGUGGUGUAAUGAAUCUCAACCCCAGCAACAAUCUCCUCCACCAGCAGCCAACCUGGACAGACAGCUACCCCACGUGCAAUGUUUCCAGCGGGUUUUUCGGAGGCCAGUGGCAUGAAAUCCAUCCUCAGUACUGGACCAAGUACCAGGUGUGGGAGUGGCUCCAGCACCUUCUGGACACCAACCAGCUCGAUGCCAGCUGCAUCCCUUUCCAGGAGUUUGACGUCAAUGGCGAGCAUCUCUGCAGCAUGAAUUUGCAGGAGUUCACCCGGGCGGCGGGCACGGCGGGCCAGCUCCUCUACAGCAACCUGCAGCAUCUCAAGUGGAAUGGCCAGUGCAGCAGUGACCUGUUCCAGUCCACACACAAUGUCAUUGUCAAGACGGAACAAACUGACCCUUCCGUCAUGAACGCCUGGAAAGAAGAAAACUAUUUAUAUGACACCAGCUAUGGUAGCACAGUAGAUCUGUUGGACAGCAAGACUUUCUGCCGGGCCCAGAUCUCCAUGACAACCACCGGUCACCUUCCUGUCGCAGAGUCACCCGAGAUAAAAAAGGAGCAAGACCACCCUGCAAAGUCCCACACCAAAAAGCACAAUCCACGAGGGACUCACUUAUGGGAAUUCAUCCGUGACAUCCUCCUGAACCCAGACAAGAAUCCGGGGCUAAUCAAGUGGGAAGACCGGUCUGAGGGCAUCUUCAGGUUCUUGAAAUCGGAGGCUGUGGCUCAGCUGUGGGGAAAAAAGAAGAACAACAACAGCAUGACCUACGAAAAACUCAGCCGAGCGAUGAGAUAUUACUACAAAAGAGAAAUUCUGGAGCGUGUAGACGGACGAAGACUGGUCUAUAAAUUUGGGAAAAAUGCACGUGGAUGGAGAGAAAAUGAAAACUGAAUCUGCCAACACUUUGAACUCAAGCCAACACAUACCCCAGACAAUAGCAAACCAAGAAAUCCUGCACAUGCGUAUUUCAAAGACUACUUUUCUCUGAUAUUUAUGUACCAUGAGGGGGAACAGCAUCCGCUUCUAAUGGGAACAAGGAACACUACAGUCGAUAAAAUUAUUUUGUUACUUUGAA